AUGGCGUCCAAUGGGGUGCUCGGCGACUUCGCUGUCCCAAAUAUCCUGGCGGCCAUGCUGACCAUGCGUAGUGGGGACAACGCGAAGAAAAGGAUCGCGAUGGACUUUCUGGGCAAAUUCCAGAAAUCUAAAGAUGCGUGGACCACGACGAUUACCAUCUUGCAGACGUCGACCGAGGGAGAGGCGCAGCUCUUUGCGGCGACGACGUUGAAGGGCAAGAUCACAUAUGAUCUUGCCACGCAGAUAACCGAGAGCGACCUCCCCGCCCUGCGCAACCAGAUCCUCGUCCUGCUCAAGAAGUACGCAGGAGGUCCCAAGGCGGUUCGGGUCCAGCUCUGCGUGUGCCUCGCCAUCCUGGCCAUUCAAAUGCAGACGUGGAAGGACGUGCUGCCCACCGUUGUCUCGGCCCUCGGUAACGACGUGGCUAGCCAUGCCUGCAUCCUGGACUUCCUGCGAGUGCUUCCCGAAGAGGUCACGGAAGGCCGCAAGAUUACCUUGUCUGAAGAGGACCUCGCGCAGAGAACAACGGAGCUGCUGGCAGAAAACGCGCAGCAGGUUGUCCAGCUACUUAUCGAUUACGCCGUAUCUUCUCCCUCCGCCGCCGUAAACCCACAGCUAUUCGAGUGCAUCACUUCCUGGCUGCGCGAGGUGCCCGUAGCCGUCGUCGUCAACUCACCGCUUCUGAACGCCGUUAUCAACGGGUUGUCAAACGAUAAGUCACUACAGACGGCUGCUGAAUGUCUCGGCGUCAUUUGUCGGGAGACUAAGGAUGUCGACGACAAUAUCGCCACCAUCCAGACCCUCCUCCCUCGAAUACUGGAAUUGAGACCGCGCAUCCAGGCCCUGGCUGAUGAAGAGGAUAUAGACGGCUUGAAGGCCAUCACGAGGGUGUUCGCUGAUGCUGGCGAUUCGUGGGUUUUGAUUAUCGCCCGCGAGCCGCAGCACUUCCGUCCCCUUGUUGACGCGCUUCUCGAGUGCUGCGCUAGGGAUAAGGACAGAGAUGUCAUCCACUACACGUUUCCGUUUUGGUACGAGCUGAAGCAGUAUCUCACGCUCGAGCAUUAUAUCGAGGCGAGAUUGCAGCUGAAUGACGUCUUCUCGAAACUGGUCGACAUUCUGCUCAAGCACCUAGAGUAUCCCUCCUCAGACGACCCCAACGAACUCGACCUGUUCGACGGAGACAGGGAGCAGGAGGAAAAAUUCCGCGAGUUCCGCCAUCUCAUGGGGGAUACUCUCAAGGACGCAUGCCAGGUUAUGGGCGUCUCCGAGUGCCUCACCAAGGUCCACAACGCGAUCAAGCUGUGGAGGGAAACGUACGGCAGCCAAGCAACGCAAACAGCGGUACCGCACUGGCAGGUGCUCGAGGCCCCUCUCUUUGCCAUGCGCGCUAUGGGACGCAUGGUAGACAAGAACGACAGCACAAUCCUACCGCAGAUUAUGCCCUUGUUGGUUCAGAUCCCAGUGAACAACGAGAAGCUCCGGUUUGCGGCCAUAAUGGUUUUCGGUCGCUACACGGAAUGGACAUCAGCGCACCCCGACUUCCUCCAGCCGCAGUUCCAGUAUAUCGUGGCGUCCUUCCAAACCGACUCGCAGGAAAUUCUUCGUGCUGCCGCCCAGGGCUUCAAAUACUUUUGUGUUGACUGCAAGGAUCUUCUAGGGUCCCAGGUCAUUCAGCUUCAGACCUUUUAUGACCAGAUACUCGACAAGCUUCCGGAUCCUAGCAAGGAAGAGAUGACAGAGGGAGUCGCAAGCGUCAUUGGCGUUCAGAAGACCGAAGAUAUGUUCAAGCUGCUCAAGCUUUACUGCGACCCUCUGGUGCAGCGUCUAAUGGACAGGGCCAAUACCGCUACCGACGAUGCCGCAAAGGUGGCCCUCGCUGAUCAAAUCAACCUCCUGACGCACUUCAUCCAGCAAGUGGUGCCGUAUUUGCCUGCCGGCGCGGAGAACCCUGCCGUCAAAUACUGGGAGGAAGUUUUCCCGGUGCUCUCGACCAUCCUGGAGAACUUUAUCGGUUUCAUCCCAAUUUGCGAAAGAGUCUGCCGGGUCUGGCGCUUCAUGGUCAUCUCAUACAGAACCGCCAUGACCCCCCUACUUGCACCCCUUGCCAACAAACUGGCGAUAGGCUUCGCUGCAUCGAAGCAGGGUUGCUUCCUCUGGGUCACUAGCGCCAUUCUUCGCGAAUUCUCGGAAGACCGUGAACACGUGAACGAUAGCAUAGCCGAGCACAUCUACAUGUUCUUUGAGGCACAGGCAACAAAUGUACUCCGAGUCAUGAGCGACUUGCCCCCGAUCGAUCUCCCGGACGUCAUCGAGGACUUUUACCGGCUCCUCAUUGACGCCCUCCUCUAUUACCCCCACAAACUGAUACCAUCUCCUCUCUUUACUCCCAUCUUCCAGGCUGCCAUAUCCGCCCUGUCACUGGAGAAGCAAGAGCCUGUAUCGGCUGCUCUCCACUAUCUCCGUGAUCUUCUGACCUACGGUGGCCAGAACCCCGCUGGCUCUGCCGACCAGAUUGGCGCCACCCACGACCAGCUGCGACAAAUUGUUCGGGCGCUCUUGCUCUCGCAGGGCGAGUCACUGGUCAAACAAACAAUGGCCGGCAUGAUGAUUACCUUCCCCCGCGACUGCUUCCCCGAUGGAAGUGGAGUGCUGCUGGGUAUGUUUGAAAUACUUCCCGCCGAGACCACUGAGUGGCUGGGCCGAACCAUGCAAAUGCUCCCAGCAGGCACUGUCACCCCUGCCGAGGCCAACCGCCUGCUUGCCAAGAUCAGGGAAAAGGUCCAGUCCUCGGACUUUUCGAACCUGAGACAGGUGCGCGUGCUUCUCCAGGACUUUACCAACACGUACCGGCGACGCUACAUAGCUCCCAGAGACGGGCUUGGCCAGCUUGAGGCAGCCCGCUUUCACUUUUCGGGUUAG